ACUAAUAGCUUUUUUCCCAAAAGUUGCAAACAAAUUAACCUCCGACCUCGCUGAGACGCCGGAGAGGGCGAAGAAGGAUCAGAUUUGUGUUUCGAGAACUGGAAAUGCCAAAUUUCCACUCGAAAAAGCAUCUCAGGUAUUCCAACCUCAAUGUUUUGCAUACUUAUUGCUCGGUUCCUUUUCGCGAUGUCCCUAAACCCUCCCCAUACCCAUUCCAAGCUACCCCUUCUUCAAUCUGUGAUUUUGAUUUAGAUAUACUCUCGUAUAAGACUUAUUUAGGCAAAUCUUCAUCUCGAACGCCUUCAAAGAGCAAUGUUGACCUAUUCGCUUACCCACAAAUUCGUUCUUUUAGCUUCAGUUCUGACCCUUACCGCCUUUACAACAGCCAAUCUGCCCUUCCACAGGCUGCCUGUAGGUUUUGUUGUUCAAGUUGUAUAAAUCCAUCUAGAUUCUUCUCUGCUCAGAAUCUUUCGGAAACUAUGGUCCAUGACGAGAAGAGUGAGAGUAAAGCUAUGGUGGUAUCGGGGAGUGGAGAAUCCAGAAGAAACGCCAAUGAGAUUAGCUUAGUUACACAAAUAGUUGACAUCAUUAGGAGCGGUGGAGAAGAUUUUAGGUCCAAUUUGAGUUCAAUGUCGUCUUCACUUGACUCUAAGCGAAUUCUCAUGAAUACUUUUAAGGUUCUGAAUCAACUUAGAAUAUCUGGAUUGGAUUUUUUCAGAACUCUUGUGGAGAUGAAACCUAAUUUGUAUAGAAGUGGUGAUGUCUGUAGCCUGAUCAUCAACAACUGUGGGUGGUUGGGUGAUCAGGAAGCACUGUUAUCUUUGCUGCAGGAGUUUAAACUGCAAAGUAUCUGCCUCAAUCAAAUGGCAUUUGAGUUUUUACCUCCAUCUGAACAAGGUAAAGAUGAUCUGAUGGAGUCUACUAGAAGAGUGAUAGAAAUGUUAAACAAAGUGGGUGGAUCUUGUCUUCAUUCCGGAGUUAAUGCGUUAAUCGAGAAGUUUUGUUUUUUGAAUUCGUUCCAAAUGGCUAAAUUUGUGAUGGAAACCACAGAUAGGACAGUUCGUCGGUACAAUAUUUUGAUCCGUGCAAGGUGUAAACGAGGUCAAAUUGAAGAAGCACAUGCCACCAUUGAAGAAAUGCUUGAACACGGUCAUCUCCCCGAGACAAACACAUUCAACUAUCUGAUUGGGUAUUUGUGCAAGCGUGACAGGAUGGAUGAAGCGUGUCAAUUGCUUAAUAGAAUGAAAGAAAAAGGGCCUCCUCCUGAUUCAAUAACGUUGGAAGCAAUAAUAUAUCACUCAGCCAUUCGAGGCCGUUUGGAUGUUGCUUUCCGGUAUCUCGACUUGACUGUAAAUCUGAAUAUUGUACCUCGGCCCACUACUCUUUCAGCGAUUCUGAAUGCGUUGUUCCGUGCAGAACAACACGAGAAAGCAUAUGAAUAUGUUAAUGAUAUGACUGCCAAGUUUAAGACCUCAAGCAAUACGCUUUACAACUUGCUUGCAAAGCUUCAUUUGAAAAAGGGGGAUCCUGUCAUUGCCAAGAACAUCUUAAAUGAAAUGGUCAAGAAGGGGUUAAUGCCAAAAUCCUCUACCCGUUUAAUUUGUGAAGCAAGUGAGGAAGAGUGACAUCGGAGUGACAGUAGCAUGGGAUUAGGUCCAUAUUUAAGGCCCAUGUUGUGAUACCUUUAGGGCUUGUUUGGCAUGCAAAAAGCUAGCUCACAUACUACAUAUGAUUUCUUUUGUAGGUAUGUAUGUACUUAUCAAAUAAGCUUGUUUGGUUGGAGGAGCUUUUUUUAACUGGUGCUUCAAUAGUUGUGUCUAGUUUUUAAAAUUUGCUACAUGUGCUUUUCCUUUAUAAUUUCAUUUCAACCUCUUUCUGUUUUGGAAAUUAAGUUCUAAACUCGUGCUUAUUUCAAAAGUUUUAUGUAUGUAGGUUUGAAUGUUUUCUUUUUAUCAUCAUCAUCAUUACCCCAGUGCCGCAAAGGCUCCCACCUUCGGUGGGGUAAGGGAGGGUCAGGUGUACGCAGUCUUACCCCUAUACUAAAGCACAGAGAGACUGUUUCCGGAUGACCCAUAGCGAAAAUCGCGUCCAAAAUUGCAUGGACUGACUGCUGCUUCAUAACAAAGAAGCGCAAACAGUUUAGUGAGCCAUUUUGCUUUAUUCCAUCAUAUUCUCAAGCCAAAAAAUAAUGAAUCUUUGACUCCAUUGCAAAUGAUGGAAAUUUUAUGCCAUAUGAAAAUUUCUUUUUAUGCCAUAUGAAAUUUUAAGAUAGCUUUUCAACUGCUUUUGUAUUGUUACUUUAGAUUUAAAACUCUGUUUUUAAGUUGGGAAUGUAUUCUGCAUAUGUAAUUUAGCUGUUCAUGGUAGCAAAGUCCUUGUAGGUUUUGGAGUGCUCUGUCGGAGUCUGUGGGAUCUCCUUGCAUUUAUGGCGUUUUAGUUUUUGUGCUUACAUUUUAUUUUUGUUACUUCCAAGAUUGUUUAGUCAGUUAUUUACGUAGCUUUUCUACUAUUUUUGUUUACUUCUAUGUUUGUGUGUUAACUUGCUUACCUUGUUUAUUCUAUCCCAUGCUUUUGACAUAGACACAUAGUCCACAUUAUCUUUUACUACAUUCCAUUUAUUAGCGUUUCAUCUACAAAAGUUUCUCUACCCCAUGAAAUAGAGGUAAGGUUUUUGUAGAUCUUAGCCUCCCCAAAGCUUAUAUCUAAGUGGGAUAUACUUUUUUUGAUUCAUUUGUUUGAGUUGGCUUAGUGGCAUCAUAAAUAAAUUAAUGAUAUCUAGCCAUCUAGGCGCAUCUUUUUAGUAGCAUUAAAUUUACUUGAGUAACACUGAAUUAGCACUGGAUGAAAUCAUUAGAGCAUUGGUCAUUGGUAUAAUCGGUUGUCAUGCAGAUAUGAGCACCAGCAUACCCGAAGGAGCGUUGGUAGGGAGGGUUGUUUUAGACUGUUGGAUUCUCAGAUAUGCUUGAUUUUUGGAGUUGAUUGUAGCAGGUUCGAUCAGAUGGCUGAAAACUUACAUUUCAUUAGUCUUGGCUUGAAGACUAAUGAAUAACGUUAUGUCGUUAUUCAUUAAGCUUUAUGAAUAAAGCUUAUAUAAGCUUUACCUUUUUAUAACCGUUCACCACCCACACAUAUAUUAGAAGUCUUGGUUUAGUAACAAGCUAAUUCUAAAUUUGCCUCACUUUUCUAAAGCACCCAUAGGCCAUAACAUAGAGAUCUGAUCGACCAAGGAAAAUGGGAACAUCCAAAAUUUAUUUUAUGUUCCUUUUGAUAGUAACAAUCUCCAAUGUAAGAUUUUUAAUGGGAAUAAGUUCUAAGUAGGGGUGCCCAAUUCGGUUUACGGUUUGUUUUUCUUGGAUUUUCUUCAGUUUCGGUUCGGUUUCGAUUUAUUCGGUGUGGGAGAAUUUGUACCAAACUGAAACCAUUUUUGUUUUGGUUUGGUUUCAGUUCGGUUUGAAGUUCGGUUCAAAGUGAAAAUUAUUAUGUUCAAUUUAGUUCGAUUCGAUUAGAUUUCUUAUGUUUAUUACUCCGUAUUUUAUUUGAUCAAAUUCUAUAUUUUAGAAUUAGA